AUGGGCGACUCCCCGAAGACGGAUGGAGUGGCCUACCCCAAUGGCCAUGCCGUUGCCGCGACAACCACCAGUCUCGCAAAUUACUCGUUCCCUGAGGGCCGACUCAAGACAUUGAGUGAUUCCGCCAAGACACCCGUUGUGUUGAUGGCAUGCGGCUCCUUCUCUCCGGUCACUUUUCUCCAUCUUCGUCUAUUCGAAAUGGCCAACGACUACAUUAAGUUUAGCCGGACGGAAUUUGAAGUCGUAGGAGGCUAUCUUUCACCAGUGAGCGAUGCGUACAAAAAGGCCGGACUUGCAAGCGCAGAGCAUCGACUGAACAUGUGUGAGAUAGCAUGUCAGAAUUCGGGGUUUGUCAUGGUGGACCCUUGGGAAGUCAUGCAGAAAGAGUAUCAGCCUACAGCCAAUGUACUGGACCAUGCCGAAAAUGAGAUCAAUGUCCUAAGAGGAGGGGUCACAACUGUGGAUGGUGAAAAAAAGCAUGCACGCAUAAUUCUUUUGGCGGGCGCGGAUCUCAUUCAGACCAUGUCCACGCCAGGAGUGUGGUCACACCAAGACUUGGAUCACAUCUUGACACGGUACGGUGCUCUAGUAGUCGAAAGGGCAGGGACAGAUAUCGAAGACUCCUUGGCGACUCUUUCACAAUGGCGAGAGAACAUCUGGGUCGUCAAUCAAUUAGUCACCAACGAUGUAUCCAGUACAAAGGUGCGGCUUUUCAAAAGAAGGAACAUGUCCAUAAGAUAUCUAAUCCCUGCUGAAGUCAUUGAUUACAUCAACGAACAUCAUCUGUUUGAAGAUGAUAGCCACCAGAGCCAAAGCGACGCUAAAGGCAAUGCCUCCUCUGAAACCUCCAAAUCAUGA